AUGUGUCGUUUACUACUGACACUGGCAUUAACAUGCUUGCUGUAUACCAGCGUGUACACAACAGACACAAACUACCGACUGAACACGCCUCUAAUACCAUCCGAGUACCAGAUCUUGAUAACACCAUACUUUGAGACUGGAGACGCAAGACAGUUCACGUUCGACGGUACUAUUAAUAUUCAAUUUACACCAAGUUCCAGCACGAAUGAAAUCAAACUACACUCUGAAGAUCUAAUCUUCACUGCUCAAGAUGUCGCCGUAGCUGUAUUCAGUACUGGGAACACAAUACCCCUAAAUGUGGUCAACCCUAUAGAAUUCAACGCCAACUACACUUUUGCUUACAUCAAUUUGGCCGAGAACUUGCAAACUGGAGUCCAAUAUAUUCUACAGAUCAAGUACCAAGGACCUAUUAGAACUGAUCUGCAUGGUUUCUAUAGGAAUUACUAUUUCCAAAAUGGCGUCAAAAAAUGGCUCGGUGCAACUCAAAUGGAAUCAACUCACGCAAGGAAGGUGUUCCCUUGCUUUGAUGAGCCGGAACUUAAAGCGACAUUCGUAAUUGGGAUUGAUCGUCCUGCCGACUACCAGCCGUCUUUAUCCAAUACUGAUAUUGAAAGGAGAGAAGUUUUGGCCAAUGGCUACAUACGAGAGAUAUUCUACCCGACCCCAAGAAUGUCGACCUACUUGGUUGCUUUCCUGAUCUCCGAGUUUGAAGCAGCUGCUUCCAGCCUUAAUGGGACCAAUGAGUUUGGAAUAUAUACCCGACCUGAUGCAAAGAAUCAGAGUGACUACGCUUUUGAUUUCGGCAGGAAAGUUGUGGACGCUUUGAGCAGCUAUUUUGGCAUAAACUACUACUCCACAAACAGUCAUUUGAGGCUCGACCAUGUUGCGUUAGUAGAUUUUAGUGCUGGUGCUAUGGAGAAUUGGGGUCUCAUUAAAUAUAGAGAAUCCCUGCUUCUAUACGUUCCUGGUCAGUCCACACCGUACUUCAAAUACCGAGUGGCACAAAUCGUGGCCCAUGAAACCACACACAUGUGGUUCGGAAACCUGGUGACUUGUCAUUGGUGGAGUAACACCUGGCUAAACGAGGGCUUCGCUAAUUAUUUCCAGGACUACAUCACUUCAUUUGUGGAUCCUUCCGUUGGAGCAGGGAACCAGCUAGUCAUAGGAUCUGUCUACAGUGCAUACGAUGCUGACAACAGUCCAACUUCACCACCAAUCACGAACAACGCCGUCAACUCUCCUUCGGAAAUAAGCGGCCAUUUUGGAACCGUCACCUAUCAAAAAGCUGGUUCUGUAAUCCGUAUGAUGCACCAUCUUAUCCAGGACGAGGCAUUCAGAUAUGGACUUAAUUACUAUUUAACUCUUAACUCGUUCAAUUCUGGUUACCCAGAUAAGUUGUAUGAAGGUCUUCAUCAAGGAGUGCAGCGAUAUAAUGCAUUGUCACCUUUCCCUAAUCAUAAUAUUUCUGAUAUUAUGAAUUCUUGGAUCUCACAGGCUGGUCACCCUGUGGUGAAAGUGACCAUUGACUACAGUACAGAAAUUGUUACUUUGACCCAAAAACGCUACUAUGUGAACUCAUCUAUAUCAUCGAAUGAGACGUACAAGAUCCCCAUCACUUACACCACACAAAGGGCACCAGACUUCGAAAAUACUAGACCAGCAUUUAUUUUGGAGGACCAGACAUUGACAUUCAUGAUUUUUAACAUUAGUAGGGAACAUAGUUGGGUCAUAUUUAAUCUGCAAGAAACAGGUUUAUACAGAGUCAACUAUGACGACCACUCAUGGAGUAUUAUAAUAUCAGCUUUGAAAGGAAACGAAAGCGCAAUCAUACAUCCACUGAAUCGUGCUAAGAUUAUAAACGAUCUCUUCGCUCUGGUUUAUGCUGAUGAGGUUCCGUUCUCAACGCUCUCCAGUGCUCUAGACUACCUACCAUUAGAACCUGAAUACACUGGCUGGUUUGCAGCAUUGAGAGGAUUCAGUAAAAUAUGGCAUUUCUACUUAGGAGAUAAUGAAGUGCUACCACAUGUUGAGCAUUUUAUACUGCAGCACUUGGAGUCUGGUAUAUCAAGAUUAGGUUACGAAGAAAGGUCCACCGACAGUCUUGAAGACCAGAGGAAUCGCAUGCAGAUCCUGGAGUUUGCUUGCAAAUUGGAGCAUACUGGAUGUGUAGAGAGGACUGUUGAGCUAUUCAGGGCUUUGAGACAAAAUGGCACCGAGGUUGCACCAAGCUUGCGUCCCGUGGUAUAUUGCACUGGUCUUCGUCAUGGAUCUGCCGAAGACUACGACUUCCUCUGGAACCGUAUGGUGAACACCAAUUUGGCGAAUGAGGUCUGGGUCAUUGGAGAUGCCUUAGGAUGCACUUCCGAUGAAAGCAGGAUAAGAAGCUACCUGGUAUCAAUGACAUUAGAAAACAGUCCUAUAAAGACUCAAGACUUGACGGUUCCAUUGGCGAGUGUCCUCAGGGCGUAUGGCAACCUGCACAUCGUUAUGGAUUCUUUGAAAUCGAAUUAUACAUUGUGGAGCUCUAUAUACCCGUCAAUGGACACUGUUUUGAAUACAGUUGCAUCUGCUCUUCACACUGAAGCUGAUUUUAAUGAGUUCGAAACCUUCCUGUCUGAGUGUACCGUCUGCACAGAAGCCACGAAGACCUCUGGCCGUAAUGCUCUGGUGCAGGCAAGAGCCGCCACAGCUUGGGCAAACAGCCAUAAAGCAGACAUAUUGAAAGUGAUCAGAAGUGAUUCCAUCAUGGCGGCCCCAUCUGUCAUUGUAAUGAUAUUAGGGCUGGCCAUACUCAUUUUUAAAGAGUUGUAA